AUGCGACUUAAUAAUAGCAAUGACGAUGAUAACACUGAAGUAAUAAAAGUUUGUGAUGGAUCAUUUGUUCUUCCAAAAGAAUCCUUCAUCAAAAAAGAUGAAAAAAAAUCAUCGUUAAUUACUUCAACUAUUAACGACAUAAUCUUAUCAAAUAACAACAAUAAUAUUACAAUUAAUAACGACACAAAUAAAGUUGAUAAUUCUUUACUUUCAUACAACAAUUUAUCAAGAUCAGCUGAAUAUUCAACAAUUCUCACAGAACUAACCGUUGAUGAGCCAAUUGGUUCAAGUAGACUUUCAAGUACAUUUAUUCCUCAUUCACUCAAUAGUCUAACCAGUCCCUCACCAGGACCACUACCAGACAACAUGGAUAGAAUUAACGUGUCAGCUAGUUUUAUUUCAACCAAGGGUAUUUUUGUAUAUGAAAGCAACAAUAAAUCAUUCGAUUUAAAUGAUGAUAAUUUUGAUUUAAAGAAUGGUAAAAAAGGUGUUAUCGAAAAACUCAAUCAAACUGUAAAUACUGAUGGGACUCCAAAUAUUAAUAUUAAAUUAAAUAUAUAA